CCCCCCACAUCAUAAAGCCAGGAAGAGCAUCUAUAAGCAGCUCCAGACCUCUGAUGAAAUCAGGCAAACAAGCACAAAGGACACGAUCCGCACCAAAUCGUCUGAUGCGGUCAUGGACUCUAAGCUGAAAAUACUUAGGAGAUAUAAACAUCUUGAACCUGAUUGCACAGAGGAAAGUGAAGAUCCAAGAGAGUACUGCUACGGUGGGUAUCACCCAGUCCAGGUGGGAGAUGUGUUUAACAAGAGAUACAAGGUUCUGUCGAAGCUGGGUUGGGGUUAUUUCUCUACGGUAUGGCUCUGUGUUGACCUCAGGUCAGGCAGGCAUGUGGCAGUGAAGGUGUUGAAGAGCGGAGCUGGAUUCACUCAGGCUGGACAAGAUGAACUGACAUUACUGCGAUGCGCCAGUGGACCCACAGCCCGCAACCCUCUUAAAGGACGUAUAGUGCAGUUACUGGAUGAGUUUAAGAUAGCUGGUGUGAACGGCAUCCAUAUUUGUCUGGUGUUGGAGCUGCUGGGGCCAGACUUGCGCUGCUGGCAAGUGUGUUUUGGUAAUCCAGGCCUUUCUGUCAGCUGUGUCAAACACGUCAUCACUCAGGUGCUUGAAGGUCUGGAGUAUCUUCACAGACACUGCAAGAUCAUUCACACAGACAUCAAGCCAGAGAACAUCCUGCUGUGUCUCACACCGCAGUCCUCAUCUCAUCCUUCAGGGGGCGCUAUACAAACCUACUCUUCAGCCAUUAAAACCACCAUACUGCACGAUCCAGAAGCAGCUGGAAAACCUGGAAACCUGGAUAAUAUCACGGUGAAGAUUGCAGACCUUGGCAGCUCAUGUUGGGUGUACAAACACUUUUGUCAAGAGAUCCAGACCAGACAGUACCGCUCCCUGGAGGUUCUCCUGGGUUCUGAAUAUGGGCCUCCAGCUGACAUCUGGAGUGUGGCCUGCUUGGCAUUUGAGCUUGUUACUGGAGAUUCCUUAUUUGAACCAAAAACAGGGCCGAAUUUCUCGUUAGAGGAAGACCACCUGGCUCAUAUUAUUGAGCUCCUGGGUAAGAUCCCAGUGUCAGUGGCUCUGUCUGGGAAAUACUCCUAUGAGUAUUUCAACCGCAAGGGUGAACUGCGGCGAAUAGCCGUCCUCCGUCCAUGGGGGCUGUAUGAAGUGCUGGUAGAGAAAUAUCACUUCCUCCUCAGAGAGGCAUCAGUUUUCUCUGAUUUCCUGUUACAGAUGUUGGACUUCCUGCCAGAGCGGAGGGCAACAGCAGCUCAGUGCCUCAAACAUCCCUGGCUAAAAGUGUAACCCUCUCUGUCUGUUCUGUGUGUGCUGAAUGAAAAGGCCAUGCUUCCAAAGUGUUUUUCCAAAAAGGGCUUAGUGAUGAUUGUGUCUUCAUUUACUCACCCUCAUGUUCCUAAUCUGUAUGACUUAAUUUCCUUUGUUGAAAACCCUAAAGAUAUUUUCAGAAAUGUCUCUGUGUUAGGAGUCAACAGGGUCCAAUGUUGUUUGGAGCCAAAAUUCUUCAGAAUAUCUUUGUUUUUGUUCCAGAGAAGAAAGAAAGGCAUGCAGGUAAUAUGACGGCAAGUCGAGUGAACUAUCCCUUUAAACUAGAAUGGCUGGGUCUGUAACAUAGAUACGUACAUAGCAAAGCUCGCACAGCAAAUGCAUUUAAAGCUUUGGAAUGUGUUCAGUCGUCUGGUACAUACAUUCCACUCUUAAAUAAGGCCUGUAGUGUUUCUCUGCAUAGAUCAGACACUAAAAGCUGUGAUGAUCGCGUGACCGAUCAGUUCUCCUGACUUGAGUGACAUUGGUGCUCUGAGAUGUAAGUAGUGUGUUCUGAGUUGAAUUAUAUAAAACAAACCAACAGUUUUUUAAUCAGUGUGUAGGAUGAAUCUACAAUGAGUGCUAUGUCUUUAGAUAAAUAAAGUUUUUUUUAAAGACA